GCUUCUUUAAAUUGUUCAUAUUUCUCACAACUCAAAACAGGCACAAAUUUCUCAUUUGUGCCUUCUCAAUAUUUUCCAGAGUGCCCAGAAAAUUUUUAUCAGCUCAAAAAUUUGCUGUUUUUAAACAAAGGAAUCAUCUUUGGAGCUUUUUGAUAAGUUGUGAAAGAUUGAGUAAAUGGAAACACAAGGAGGACUAAGGAUUGAGGAUUUGGACUCUUUUAAGAAGUUGAUGGUGUUUGGAGUUGCUCUUGAUGGUGGUGUCAAUGGAGGUGGGGAGAUGAUGGCGAAGUGGAAAGAUAUUCCUAUGGAGUUGCUCCUUCGAAUCGUGACCCUUGUUGAUGGCCAGACAGUCAUCAGAGCUUUCGGGGUUUGUAGCGGAUGGAGGGAAGCUAUUUGUUUAGGGCUAACUCAUCUUUCCCUCUCAUGGUGCCAGAAUAAUAUGAACAGCUUAGUUCUGUCGAUUGUACCAAAACUUACAAAUUUGAGGACUUUAAUACUUCGGCAAGACAAACCACAGCUGGAGGAUAUCGCUGUCGAGACUAUAGCAAACUUCUGUCAUGACCUACAAGAGCUUGAUUUGAGUAAAAGCUUCAAACUUACGGAUCGUUCUCUUUAUGCGUUGGCUCACGGAUGCCCAAAUCUCAGGAAACUGAACAUUAGUGGGUGUACAGCUUUUAGCGAUGCUGCACUUGCAUAUUUAACUAGCUUUUGCAAAAAGUUGAAGUCGUUGAAUCUUUGUGGAUGUGUGAGGACUGCAACUGACAAGGCGUUGCAGUCUAUUGCAUAUAAUUGCAAGGAGCUGCAGACUCUCAAUUUGGGAUGGUGUGAAGAAGUUGGAGAUCUGGGAGUGACAAGUCUAGCACAUGGUUGCCCGGAUAUGAGAGCACUUGACCUGUGUGGCUGUGUACUUAUAACAGAUGAGAGUGUGGUUGCACUGGCAAAUGGAUGCCCUCGCCUUCGAUCACUGGGCCUCUACUAUUGCCAGAACAUUACGGACAAAGCAAUGUAUUCUCUGGCCCAAAGUUGUGUCAGAAACAAGCACGGUGUUUGGCAGUCCAUCAAAAGUAGAUAUGAAGACUACAAUGGUCUCAUGAACCUCAACAUUAGUCAGUGUACUGCUCUGACACCUCACGCAGUUCAGGCCGUAUGCGAUUCCUUCCCUUCCCUUCACACUUGUCCUGGACGACAUUCUCUCAUCAAAAGUGGUUGUCUGAAUUUGAACUCCGUACAUUGUGCUUGCGCUGUCCAAGCUCACCGUGCUGCAAGUACAAUAGCUCACUGAGAGGGAUUGCUCGAAUCCGAUAUCAUCCUCCUGUAAAUAAGCUGGGUUCUGUUUAAUCAAGGCUAUGAGAGAAGUAGUGCUUUAUAUUUGGUUGUUUUUAACUUCGGAAACUAAGGUAAGUUAGAGGUGGGGCCUGAGAGAGAAACUGACUUUGAAUUGCAGAACCUGUUUUGGUGCUGUUGUUAUUUAUUUGAUCUUGAAGACAGUGACCUUGACUCUUGA